GACGCAUAGAGGCUCUCGCGCCCUCACAUCGCAUAUAUGCCUCCCCGCGCGGCAGCGAAUGGGCGUGGCGUGUAUGGUGCGCACUCGAGCUCGAACGGCGCGCGCGCCAGCUCGAGCACAAAUGGUGCAGUGAACGCGAAUGGCGCGACGAAGCCCCCCAUGGACGCGGUCGAGCACGAGCUGCUCCGCCGGCUGCUUGCGUCGCCUGAGUGGGGCGCGAUCCGCGCGGCGCUACAUGCAAGGCUGAACGAGGCGGGAUGGGUCGACGAGCUGUACAUCAGGGGCACCGCGCGUACGGCGAACUCGCUCACGAGCGUGACGGUGCAGGAUCUGCUGGACCAUUUGGGGCCACAUGCGCAUGCUGCUGUGCCGGCGCAUGUGAAGCAGGAGAUUAUGGGCAUGAUCAGGGCCUUCCUCGAUCGGCAAGUCGCUUCAUAGGACGCCGCGGGCCGCCCCUCAGGACGACCCAUACCACAUCACUUGCUAUACCCCGGCCCUCGCCACCAUCCAUCAUACCCAACCUCUGCUCUACCCUCACGGAGCACGCGUACACUCAGGAAACAACUUGACGUCCUCUGCUAUGAACACACCGUACAGCCGCUCAAUCCAGCACCGUAGAGCCUCCUUUCUGAACACAACGUAAAAGGCUAUCUGAACAGCAUCUCUUGAAGUUCAUGUACAUGUUCUACGAUCAUCUCAUCAUCCUAUCAAUGCACGGGCUCCUACGUCAUCUAGCACUUGCCCUUUCUGCUUGCACUUGCCCUUUGAGAACGCUGAUGUCUCAGGCAUGCAUAUAUGCACAGUAAAAGUGCUAACCGGAAUUACUACCUGUGGUACGCA